CCAAGCCCCACCAAACCCCAUUCAGCAGAUUCGUACCAGAACAGGAGGAAUGACGGGCGACUUUCAUUUCUUUUACGAAUUGGGGGUUUGAAACACUCACUUACACCUUUAUAUCUACGAAGUACAUACCUUUUUCAAGGAAAUUUGAUUCUGUUGAUUUCGUUGCGUAGUGUCGCUGUCCUCUCUUUUAUUCAUCGAUCGAGUUGUUGUAAAGGUUUCAUACAUACAUAUUCUUUUAGUUAUUGAGUUCUUUUAUUGAAAUUUACUGUCGCAAGCACAAUUACAGUCUCAAACGUCAAAUCCAUACAUACGAUCUUCGCGCAAGAUUCCAAACCCAAAUCCAACCUCAACACCAUUCCAAUCAACCAAACCCCCACCACCAACCAACCGCAAAAAUGCAAACCCCAACCCUCCUCACCAUCUCUCUCCUCUUCCUCUCCACCGCCCGCUCCGUAACCGCCACUCCUCCCGCCUGUCUCCUCGCAGCCAUCAACGUCCAAUCCGAUCCCUCCGAUCUCAAGGCCCUGUGCGGAACAUUGGAACAUGCGGUCACGGGAAAUAUCACGGAUAAAUGUGAGGGGGAUAGUUACAAGGAGGCUGUGAGCUCUUAUCAGGCUACUUGUUUUGAGGGCGCGGGGGUGAAUAUCACAAUCACAUCUUCCUCCGCCUCCGCCACAGGCACAAACACAGCAUCUAUCUCUGGCUCUACCUCCGCCUCCGCAACCGCAACCGCAACAGGAAGCGGCGCAAAAGCUACCGGAACCGCCUCCGCAACUGGAUCGAGCGGAUCGAGCGCUAGUGCGACGGGAAGUACUGCGGGUGCGAGCGCGGCUACGGCGACGGGUGCUGCGGGUGCUUUGGUUGUUCCGGGAUUGUUGGGAGUUGUGGGAUUAGUUGGUGCGGUUUUCUUUUAGGGGAGGGAGGG